AUGCAGCUCCGCGCGUUCAAAUUGCUCGUCGCCGCCGCCGCGUCCGCCUCCGGCGCCAAGUGGGAGGACGACUCGGGCAACGACUGCUCGUCGGACACGGCGAACGACGACCUCACGGGCCACUGCCACGGCUCGACGGACGACGCGACCUACGGCUGGUGGAUCCGCGACCACUGGUUCCGCGGCUACGCGGGGUCCCUCUUCUGCUGCUGCGACUGGGAGCGCACGAAGGGCGUCGUCUCGCGCUGCGACUACCGCAUGCCCGUGACGGACGUCGGCGACGGCGGCGCCUACGACCUCGAGACGUGCCGCGACGCGAACGAGGACCACGGCUACGGCUACGAGGGCCGCUGCAAGUCCGAGUACGAGCCCUUCGACGACCCCCUCGACUCCACGGACCAGUGCUGGGCCCUCACGUCCUUCGCCGACGUCUGA